UGUCGAGAUAUUGCAAAAGGGUCUAAGGUCAAAGGAUAAGUACACUCAAGCCCCUAGCCUUAUCCUUCAAGCCUUGGUAACUUCAAAAAAUUCCCCAUCCACUGAAAUCCUCUACUUUAGCAGUAGUAGCAAAUCUUCCCAUCGGAUUCAAGGUAAUUUUCUGGGUAGUUAAAUGAUUAAAUGGCAGAAAAUCUCUCAAUAUAUUUAUGGCUUUUUCUCAGAGAGAAAUUCAAGAGCAUCCACUGUUGAGAAUAUUCUUGGGGGGAUUAUAAAAGAAGAAGGGGGCAGGGAAAAUACCUCACAUGAAGGUGAAAUGUCUGGGGUCGUGGGUGAAAGUGAAGGGGAUAACAAAGAGGUGGACAGUGAGAGCUUAAUUGCUUCUAGUCAUAAGAGUUCAGGAAGAUCAGAAGCGUCACACAUUACAGGUGUUUUGAGUAAAUUGAUGGAUCUCAAGAGGAAAAGUACAUCAUCUGUCAGUGAUGUAUCAUAUUUUAGUGCUCUUUUUCCAACAACAAAACCCCUGGGUUUUGGCCAGGCAAGAUCAUGUGUUGUCGGAAGUGGUCAAAAGAAAAUACAUGACGAAUUGAGGGAAACUCCUAAAGUCGGAAGUUCAAAAACGAUGGCAGAUUUACGUGAUGUUGAACAACAACAGUGCUCAUCAAGCCAGAAAAUUUUACAAUCAUUCCAUGAUAAUGAAGAAAGUGUGAGCAAAGAACCAGAAAAUAUUAAUGAUUUGAUUAAUGAUACUACUGAAAAAGAUUGUAGUACUUUCGUUUUAAGAGAGAUCUCAUCGAGAAAUUCCACAAAUUGUAGCGAAUUGGGUGAACAAGUUGAAUCUGUAGGGGAAAUAUUUCAGUUGAAUGAUGAUAAGUCUAACGAUGUAAUUGAUUCAAUUGAGGAAACACCCAAAAUUACUGAUAUUUUGGAUGAAACAAUUGAAAAUAUUGAAACUGAUGAUGGAAGAAAAUUAGAAGAGAUAAGUACAUCAGUUAGUGAAGAAGUUUCUCAAAUUGAAAGCUGUAAAACGUUAAUUAAUCCCGAAGAUGACCGAGUUAUUGAAGUAAUUGAAGAUGUACCCAAAAUUACUGAAAAUUUGGAAAAAUCCAUUGAAGAUCUUGUUUCUGAUCAUGCAACAAUUUCAAGAGAUUCGGUUAUCACUGUCAGGAAGGACGAAUCUAAAAUUGCAGACAAGAUAAUCCCUGUGGAAAAUGAUAUUAUUCCUGAUGAGUUUUUUGAAGCGAUGAAGGAGAGUAUUAUUUCUCAACUUCCUGAAGAGUCAAUUUUUGAUGAAAAAAUCUCCCUUAUCGGUACAGAUAGAACAGAAUAUACAAAUGCCGAAGAGCAACCGGUAACAAUUCACACUCUUUCAUCAAAUCCAAGUAAAAGUGAUAUAAUGUUCACCGCAAGAGAAGCCUUCACGCCAAAAUCAUUUCAAAUGGACAUCCAGAAAGAUCAUCAGUUCAAUAAUCUGAUCAAGAUUCCGGAUAAUCAAGCAAAAUCAAACAGAGGUCAAAUGAAGGACGAAAUAUCAGACAGUUCUAAGGAAUGGUUCUUUGGUGAAAAGGCCAAAUUUAAUUAUGACAUGUUCACGAGGAAAAAGUCCAAUGAUCAAGAGAAUGAUCAAGGAGAAAUUAAGAAUAUGACUGAGGAAAUUAUAUCUUCCGUAAUUGAAUGCUUAAGUAUUUGCCCUUCAGGAAAUGAUUCUGAAAAGGUCAGAAAGCAAUUAAUGCAAAUCUCAUCGAAAAAUGGAACUGAAACUUGUCAGAGUAUCUCUGAUGAUGAACAAUUGUCCACAUUUACUGAUAUUCUAAAUAUCAAGAGAGAUUUAUUUGAGAUUCAAGAAAAGAUCCCCGAAACAUCAAUGAUGUUUGAGAUAACCAGAACCCUUGGUUGUCUUAUCAGGGAUGACAAGUGCAAGGAUUUCUGUGGAUCGAAAAUUAGGGAAUUGACCAAAGUUAUUAGGAUUUUUGUGAAUGGAUGGAAGAAGGAAAUUGAUCCUGAUUUGAUUGAUGUUGAAGUUUCGAAGACACAGGUGAUUACAAUAGAAACAAAGAGUGAAAGGAGUGAAAGUGAUGAUUGCCAGGAAGUUGAGACGAAAACUAUAGUUACAGCAGCAAGUUAUCAGACAAUAAAUUCUACUGGGCUCAAUAGUCUCUGGGAGACUGUGACAGAAAUAUCCCAGAUGGACAAUAUAUCUCCAGGGGAGAUCGAGCAGCAAAGUGGAUGUGUUUCUGCACUUGAGGACAAUCUCAAGGAGCUAGCAAAUUUUAUAGAUCAACUGAAUUCGAAAGAACAAAAGCAAUCAGGCAUGAGGACUGUAUCGUCAAUUAUGAACUUAAAUAAGACUUACAGGUCCGAAGCUAAUAAGAAGAAGCCUGAUGAUGGUGCGAAGAAAUCUCCAACGUUGCGGAGAGGAAAUAAACUUUCAAAUAGGUCUAAUAAGAAUAUCUGCUCAUACCGAAGUUCUGGUGAUGAUAGAUCCAUUGUGGGGAUGCUAGAAUCCGCCAGAAGUUACAUCAAUUACUUCUACGACUCCCUCGAUAAUUGUUCAAGGAAUAACUUCAGGGUGACUUAUCGGAAUAUUUCCUCUGCAUUAGAAUCUCUCAGAAUUAUGAAUGAGUCUGCUGAUUUAAGUCCAAACCCGGAUGUUUUGAGGAUUUGAAAUCGAAUUUGAAAGAGGACCACAAAUUGUAAAAUAAAUUUUAUUUAUUUUGUAUUUAAAUUUAAAAUGGGAUAAAAAAGACUUUCUCUAA